CAACUUAUAUUCAUGGAGAAACCCAGUUUCCUAAAUUUAGCUGUAUGAUUAUUCUGGAUCACAGUUGGAUGCUAUUAUUCAGAAAUGUAUUUUCCGAAAGGGAAUAAAACGAAUGAAGACGGUGUGAUUGAAUUAGGUUAUAAGAAUAUAAGUAGCUACAUGUAUAACUCCUUUACAAGACGAUCUGCAAUGCUCAGUCACUACAAUUACAAUGUUUAUCAGACACUGGUUGUCUGUGAGCUGCUGGAUCUUGACAGGCCUGGAAAGAUGAUUAUCAGAGAUGCUGCCGGAGGCUGCACCACAGAUGAAAUGUGUUACUUUAACAACAACUUUACUUAUACAGUGACUGCCAAUAUUACAAAGGAACUGAUCAAACCCCACUUGGAAUACUUCAAGACGAAAUUUGCAAAGUUCUUAUAUCCAGUUUGCAUAACAACUCUCAGGAAUUACCUUAAAAGUAGAGGAGGACAAUUGACUAGGAGGAUAAUGCCCAAUAUCAGACUCAUCCAGAAAGCUAUCUCUGAUUCUGGAGGUUCUCGUGUGAGUUGUUUGGCGACAGGGUUUUACCCUCGUCACAUCAACCUGACCCUGUUCAGAGACCAGCAGCCUGUAGCUGAUCAUGAGAUCACUGGAGGAGAUCUGCUGCCCAACGAUGACGGGACGUACCAGAUGAGGAAGAGUCUGGAGAUCAGUGCUGCAGACAAACACAAAUACACCUGCUCCGUCACACACCUCAGUCUGGACAACAAACUGGACGUCACUCUGGAGAACAAUUCUUCCAGAUAUCACAUAGGUGCCGGUGUCCUGAUGUUUGUAUGUGCAGUGUGUGUGAUUCUGGCGAUAGCCAUGUGGAUGAGAAGACAAGGAAGACAGAUGACUUGCGAUUGUGUUCCCUCAAGAUUUUACAUUCAGUUAUUUACAAAAUAACUAGAAUAUAGGUUUGUCUACAACACCUUUAUCUUUUUGCCAUCAUUUUGCACAGAAACUAAAAUGUUUUUUUGUUUACAUUUCUUUAUACUUUUUAUUAUUAUUUUGUUAAAGAAUACAAUAGACAUUGACUGAAA